AUGUUUGUGAAGAGCUCUGCUUCGGCUGGCCUUUUGGUCGCUCUGUUCAGCUACGUCUCUGCGAGUCCAGUGUGCUUGGCGAGAGAGCCCGCAGAGCCGGCCAAUGUGGUCUUGACCCCGGCCGGUGAUAGUGGAUCGAACUUGAAGCUUGCUAACCAGAACAACUUCAUCUGGACCCAUGAAGACCAAGGCAUCUAUGCCAACUUGACCGUCACGGUCAACCCGGGCGUCCGUCUCCUCAGCGCUCUCAACUUCCAGAAUGUCGUGGAAUCAGUUGACUGCGGCAGCCAAGACGUCACCGUCAAGUUUGACAGCGCCACCUCGCUGAAGGCUGCUCAGACUGCCUGGGCCUGGGUCAACCAGGCCCCCGCCAACACAAUCAUCUACGUCGCCGAAGGUGAUACCUGCGCCGGCGACAGCGGCCGACAGCCAUUCUCCGUCGAGUCCAUCACAUACGACACCACGGCAAACACCGCCACGCUGGCCGCCACCAAGACUGCGUGGAAGAGCUUCGCCCAGGACGCCAGCAUCCGAAUCAGCGGUACUCCCACCACCGGCACCAGCACACGGUCCAUUAGCAAGGACAUUGCCAUUGAUGUCAGCCACGACUUCUCCGGCCCCAUUUACAGCACCACCAUCGACGGCGUCAACCUCGGAAUCUCGUGCUCGACUUGCAACACUCAGGGCAUUCUGAAUGCUGACAUCACGCUCUCACUGUCCAACGGCUUCCAGGCUUCGGUCACCACCUCGAACAACCUCGGUGCCACCUUCGAAGUCAGCCUCACUGCUGGUGGCGCUCUCUCUUCACCACUCUCCACCUCCAUUCCCAUCUUCAGCACCGCCCUGGCCGGAUUCACCAUUGCCGACGUCGUCACCAUCGGCCCUCAACUGAACCUGGUUGCCGAUGCCUCCAUCUCCAGCUUCAGCGCCUCGGCCACCGCCACUGUCGGAGUCGAGGCAACCCUCCCCGACGGUUCUGGCUUCACUCUCGGCCAGGGCGUCAACAUCAACCCCGUCGUCAAAGCCACUGGCCUUGGGUUGAGCGGCCAGGUCUCAAUCUCUGCUAGUAUUACUCCUACUGCCACUCUGCAGCUCGCUGCCACUUUCCUCGACGAGGGUCUCGUCGGAGGAAUCGCCCUCAAAGCUCCUCAACUCACUGCCAACUUCGCCGGAGCUGCUAGCACUGCUGGCGAGACUGCUUGCGGUAACAGCAAUGCCGAAGUCUCUGUGGAGGUUGACGCUGGCGUUGAGCUUGAUGCCUUUGGAGGAUUCGGGGGUGCCAAUGACGAGCCCAAUUUGACCAAGAUUUUCUCUGCUUCUACGACUCUGUGGAAGGCUUGCCUGAACGUGUAA